AUGCACAACAUCCGUGCCUUUUUCAAUGCAGACCUAAACAUUAUACGUAAAGACAUCACAGUAGUCACUGCCAGAGUUCAGGCUACUAAGGACAGCAUCCACUCCAUCACACAACAGACAAGCACCAAUGAACUCCUGGCAACAAACAAAGUCAUGCAGAUCAGAAUUGAUACCUUAGACGAUGCACGGAGACGCAAAAACCUCAAAAUUAGAGGUAUAACUGAAACAAUUGGUGAACAAGAAUUGCCGCAUCUAGUUAGGCAACUCCUGUCUACUCUGCUGCCCCAAUGCUCUGCAAGGGACAUCCAAAUCGAUUGCUGCUUCCGCCUCGCGAGACGUACUGGUACGCUUCCUCACACUGCAGGACAAACUAGCAACCCAAGAAGCUGUGAAAAACAAAAUACCACUUCAAUUCGAAACAAUGCAGCUCCAGUUUAUGCAAGACCUAUGCCGAUCCACCUUAGACUGGAGACGAGCUUUUCAACCAGUCACAAAUUCCCUACAAACGACUAACAUCCCCUAUAAAUGGGGACAGUCUCGCACCUUCACAGCUACUAGAGAUGGCCGCACUUACCAGCUUCUUACUGCGGAGGACUCCUCAGCCUUUCACACAUACAGUCUAUUGCUUACUGGUGGAACGUUCAAUAGUUUGUAA